AUGGGCACUAAGGAAGUCUCCAUCAGAGGCCCUGGGGUGACCCCAAUACCCAGGACUUCCAGCUUGACUCCCUGGCUGCUCAUGGGAAUGUUGACCACGGGACUGACCCUGUCAUCAAUCCCUACCUCUGUUCCUCGGGGCUUUUGGACUGUCUCUGACAACCUGACUGCAGUGGAAGGGACAACAGUUAAGCUGCGGUGUGGGGUCAGUGCCCCUGGCAGUAUUGUACAGUGGGCUAAGGAUGGGUUACUCCUGGGUCCAAACCCCAGGAUCCCAGGCUUCCCAAGGUACAGCCUAGAAGGAGAUCCUGCCAAAGGUGAAUUCCACCUGCGUAUAGAAGCCUGUGACCUCAGUGAUGACGCGGAGUAUGAAUGUCAAGUGGGCCGCUCAGAGACUGGUCCUGAGCUCCUGUCUCCCAAAGUAAUCCUCUCCAUCUUAGUUCCCCCCAAGGUGCUUCAGUUGACCCCCGAGGAAGGAAGCACAGUUACCUGGGUAGCUGGUCAGGAGUAUGUGGUCACCUGUGUGUCUGGGGACGCGAAGCCAGCACCUGACAUCACCUUCAUCCAGGGUGGAGACACCAUCCUGGGCGUCUCCUAUAACGUGAACGACGGGUCUGAGGAGAAGCUCUUCAUUGCAGAAGCUGAAGCUAGGGUGACACCCCGAAGCUCAGAUAAUGGGCAGUUACUGGUCUGUGCGGGGUCCAGUCCAGCCUUGGACACGCCCAUCAAGGCUUCCUUCACCAUGAAUGUUCUGUUUCCCCCAGGACCUCCUGUCAUUGACUGGCCAGGCUUGGAUGAGGGCCAUGUACGGGCAGGGCAGAACCUGGAGCUGCCCUGCGUGGCCCGAGGCGGAAAUCCACCCGCUACCCUGCAGUGGCUGAAGAACGGUAAGCCAGUGGCCAUAGCUUGGGGCACAGAGCAUGUCCAGUCAGUGGCCCGCAGUGUGCUGGUGAUGACGGUGCGACCUGAAGACCAGGGAGCUCAGCUCAGCUGUCUGUCCUACAACAGCGUAUCUGUAGAGACCCAGGAGCAAAGCGUCACACUGCAGGUCACCUUCCCUCCCAGCGCCAUCACCAUCCUGGGAUCUGCAACACAGUCUGAGAACAAGAAUGUGACCCUUUGCUGCCUUACGAAGUCCAGUCGCCCACGGGUCCUGCUGCGAUGGUGGCUGGGUGGACGACAGCUGCAGCCCACAGAUGAGACAGUCAUGGAUGGCCUGCAUGGUGGCCACAUCUCCAUGUCCAAUCUGACACUCUUGGUGCGGAGGGAAGACAAUGGCUUGUCCCUUACCUGCGAAGCCUUCAGCGAUGCCUUUAGCAAGGAGACCUUCAAGAAAUCACUGACCUUGAAUGUGAAAUACCCCGCCCAGAAGCUGUGGAUUGAGGGACCCCAAGAGGGGCAGUUCAUUCGGACUGGGACGAGAGUAAGGCUGGUGUGUUUGGCCAUUGGAGGCAAUCCAGACCCCUCCCUCACCUGGCUUAAGGACUCACGAACCGUGAGCGAGCCUCGGCAGCCCCAGGAGCCGCGACGUGUGCAGCUGGGCAGCCUGGAGAAGUCGGGCAGCACUUUCUCCCGCGAGCUGGUGUUGGUCAUAGGGCCUUCGGACAACCGAGCCAAGUUCUCGUGCAAGGCGGGUCAGCUCAGCGCGUCCACGCAGCUGCUGGUGCAGUGUGAGCGCACAGGACAGGCGGAUCCUCCAGAGUUUCUUGGGGAGCAAGUGCUGGCAGUGACCACCGUGGAGCAAGGCCAGGCGCUGCUGCCGGUGUCAGUGUCCGCCAACCCCGCCCCGGAGGCUUUCAACUGGACCUUCCGAGGCUACCGCCUCAGCCCAGCUGGCGGUCCUCGGCAUUCCUUCCUGUCUGGCGGAGCUCUGCAGUUGUGGAAUGUGACCCGAGCUGACGAUGGCAUCUAUCAGCUGCACUGCCAGAAUUCAGAGGGCACCGCUGAGGCGCUGUUAAAGCUGGACGUGCAUUAUGCUCCCAUCAUCCGUGCCCUCAGGGACCCUACUGAGGUCAAUGUCGGGGGUUCUGUGGACCUAGUCUGCACCGUUGAUGCCAAUCCCAUCCUCCCAGAAAUGUUCAGCUGGGAGAGACUGGGGGAAGACGAGGAUGAUCUGAACCUGGAUGACAUGGAGAAGAUAUCAAAGGGAUCCACCGGGCGUCUGCGGAUCCAUCAGGCCAAGCUCUCCCAGGCUGGUGCUUACCAGUGCAUUGUGGACAAUGGGGUGGAGCCGGCAGCAAGAGGGCUGGUCCGUCUUGUUGUCAGAUUUGCCCCCCAGGUGGAUCAUCCAACCCCCUUAACGAAAGUGGCUGCAGCUGGGGACAGCACCACUUCAGCAACCCUCCACUGCCGGGCCCGGGGUGUCCCCAACAUCGACUUCACUUGGACCAAAAAUGGGGUCCCUCUGGAUCUCCAGGAUCCCAGGUACACAGAGCACAGGUACCACCAGGGUGUUGUCCACAGUAGCCUCUUGACCAUUGCCAAUGUGUCUGCAGCCCAAGACUAUGCCCUCUUCACAUGCACGGCCACCAAUGCCCUCGGUUCGGACCAUACCGACAUCCAGCUCGUCAGCAUCGGCCGCCCUGACCCUCCUUUGGGACUGAAGGUCGUGAGCGUGACCCCCAACUCGGUAGGGCUGGAGUGGAAGCCUGGCUUUGACGGGGGUCUGCCUCAGCGCUUCCAAAUCAGGUAUGAGACACUCGAGGCUCCGGGAUUUCUCUACGCUGAUGUCCUGCCACCCGAGGCCACCACCUUCACACUGACUGGACUGAAGCCUUCCACAAGAUACAGGAUCUGGCUGCUGGCCAGCAAUGCCCUGGGGGACAGUGGAUUGGCUCACAAAGGGAUCCAGGUCUCCAUCACUACCCCAGGCCUGGACCAGGCUCCUGAAGACACAGACCACCCGAGGCCCACAGAGCAGCCUCCAGGCAAGUGCUCCUUCCUGGGGCCUCCUCCCAUUUUUUUCUCUCUUGGCGGUCUUCUGUUGCUCUCCAAUGCCUGCUGUUUUGGGGGGCUCCUGUGGCGGAGAAGACGGAGGCGCCUUGCAGAGGAGAUCUCAGAGAAGACAGAGGCAGGGUCUGAGGAGGACCGAGUCAGGAACGAGUAUGAGGAGAGUCAGUGGACUGGGGACCGGGACACACGAAGCUCCGUGGUUAGCACAGCAGAAGUAGAACCACAUUACCAGUCCAUGAGGGACUUCAGCCCCCGGCUUCCCCCCACACUGGAAGAGGUGCCUUAUCCCCAAGCCUUCACAGGAGUUGAAGAUGAAGACAUGGCCUUCCCUGGACAUCUGUAUGAUGAGGUGGAGAGAGCCUAUGGCCCACCUGCAGGCUGGGGACCCCUCUAUGAUGAAGUCCAAAUGGACCCCUAUGACCUUCGCUGGCCUGAGGUCAAGUAUGAAGAUCCAAGGGGGAUCUAUGACCAGGUGGCAGCAGACUUGGGUGCUGUGGAACCGAAUUCUCUACCCUUCGAGCUGAGGGGACAUCUGGUCUGA